GCAGCUUCCCUUAAAUCGCGGCCACCGUGUGCCGCUCUCCCCGCCUCCUCUCAUACCCCGUUCUCGCCGACGAACAAAGAAAAGCAGCCUGUCAUCCGUACGAGGGGUUGCCGUCAUCUCUUGCCGUCGCGACAAGCAACGACAGCAGCCCGACGGACCCGGCCCAUCAUCCUCGCGAGGAUUUCCCUCCCAGCUUAUGUGAGCCGCUCCUUCCAGCGGCUUGCUUCCGGCACACCAUCACGAAACACCCGAUUCUGUUUUCCUGCGACCUCGAUUGGCGCUUGCAAUAGCCUGCAAGCUAAGCUCUGAGUGUGUCUGUGGGUGUGUGGGUGUGUGUGUGCGUGUGUGUGUGUUUGCGACAGUCGAAUUUCGGCGGAGCGGUGGUAAGCACUGGUUUUCUGAAACAACACAAAAACGUGGUGGUCGGUCGAGAAAGGAGAAGAAGAAGAAGAAGAAGAAAUGGCAUUCACAUACCGGAUCCUCCGCCGCCCAUGGAGGGCCAAGGCGCCCCUGUACUGGGGAAUGGUCCCCGAACUAGCCGGCAUCGUCCCGCUGCUGGUCCUCUUUGGCCUCCAGCAGCCCGACGGCUUCCGGUCGCUCUUCUGGCGCAUCGGCUUUGAGAACAAGCAAAACUCGAACCCCAACAUGAUCCUCUACGCGUACGCCAACUACCAGCCGCUGCCCACGGUCCCUUUUGUCUGGUCGAAAACGUUGACAAACUACAAUGUCGCCAUCUCCAUCCUCUCCCUCUUUAUUCUCCUCGCCAAGAUGAUCGCCACCAUCAUGAAGGUCUUCUAUCCGAUCUUUGGCACCAUCAUCAGCCUCGUCCUGGUCGUCCUCUACACCGUGAGCAUCUACGGCCAGGCCGGCCCCGACUACGCCGACCCGAGAUAUCCCAGCCCGACUCCCUGGCACCUCCGCAUCGGCUGCAGUUUGGCGGAGCCGUACGGGGCGGCCAAGACCUGCCGGAUGGUCCAAGCAACGCUUGGCGUGACCGUCUAUCUGCUGACCGUCUACCUCUGCCAGCUUGGCUUCGCCAUAUGGGCGAUGCUCCCCAACAAGGAGCUCGACAUGUACGACUCGGACGCCGAGGACGACGACGACGACGGGCACCCGGCCAAGGCCAAGAACAAGGCCGCCGCCUCCGUGGUGCAGCUGCAGCCCGCGCCCGCGCCAGCGCCAGCACCCGCCGCUGAUAAGACGCCCUUCACCCCGCGGACGCAGGCGUUCCACGCGCUGGAGAGGAAGCUGCCGUUGCGCAACAGUUGAGCGUGCGGAGCGGCAAGACUCUCGCUGAGAGGAGAAGAAGGGGAAGAUGAUGAUUAACAGUAGGGGAGGAGAAGGCGUGUGUCCUUCCGAGUGCAAAGGAUUCUCUCCGAGCUGUGUGUGUGUGCUACGGGCCGCUGCUGCUCUGCAGGCUGGGCCGCUUAAGUCGUCCCCGAAUGGUGGUGAGGAGGAGAAGGAGGAAUGUUCCGAUAUGUCCAGUCUGCCGGAUGGCUUUGUAUUGUUCUUUUGACCCUCGACAGACGUGUGAGGUUUGUGCUUGGACACCAGCUAAUGGUAUAGCUGCUGCUGGUUGCUUUGAUUUUUUUUUUUUUUUUUUUUCGUUCGGAGUUCAGGGGUCUGGCCACGGUUAUGGAUCAAUGUUUUUUGGUUUCGAGUCACAGCGUAGUUGAUACACCCAGGCAUACAUUUUUCCAGUCCACCACUAUGUAUUUCGUUUGGCCCUUCGUGCUACUGCAUAAUAUUUUUUUCCCAAUGUCAGCAGAGACGGGCCAUGCCGCCUUCGUUACUCAUGGAAUGAUCAACACCCCCCCUCCAUCUUCACCUUCGCAUUCUCCUUGCCCUUCCCUCUCCCUUCCCUUUACCCUUACUCUUUCCCUCCCCUUUUCCUUUCCCCGUCUUAGCAUCCCCAAUCUCCA